AUGCAGGGUAUGUGUCACCUCCACGCCAGCCAGAUUGUGCACGGUGACCUGAAGCCAGCUAACGUCCUGCUCAAGAGCAGCCGGUCGGACAGGAGGGGCUUCAUUGCCAAGGUGGCUGACUUUGGUUUGUCCAAGAUAUUUCCGGUGUCUGAGCGCUCCCUGGAGUGCCACACGGACGCCACCGGCACCAUCGCCUACAUGGCUCCGGAGGUACUCAACGGGUCCAUGAGCCCGGCGGCAGACAUUUACAGUUUCGGUGUGACGUUGUGGCAGCUGGUCACGGGGGAGCGCCCCUUCGCGGACAUCCACCCGGGUCGCCUCUUCGUGGGGGUGUGCACCGGCGCCCUGAGACUGGACUGGCCGCAGGAGGUGCACCCCCUCAUUCGGAAGCUGGGCGAGGCCUGCCUCAGCUUCAACAAGAAACAGCGGCCUAGCUUCACCAAGGUGGCCCGCGUGCUG